AUGACCAAAGUGGUGACCAAGCUGCUGACCAAUGCCACGACUAACGUGGUGACCAACGUGGUGACCAAUGUGCUGACCAAUGCCAUGACCAGAGUGGUGACCAAGCACCUGACCAAUGCCACGACUAACGUGGUGACCAACGUGGUGACCAAUGUGCUGCCCAAAUUGUCGACCAAAGUGCUGCCCAAAGUGUUGACCAACGUGUUGACCAAAGUGUUGACCAAUGUGCUGACCAAUGUGGUGACCAAUGUGCUGACCAAAGUGCUAACCAAUGCCAUGACCAAGCACCUGACCAAGUUGAUGGUCACGGCAGCGAUGACAUGGUCACGGCAGCGAUGA